AACAGAAGGGGGGUGGGGGGAGGAUUCAGCACUUAAAAAGAUCUCAGCACCCAGCGAUGUAUUUUUUGCUGGCCACGUUCCCUGUCGCACAGUUUCAGAGUGACUCUGGGAUGCACAUACACUGGAAUGAGGUUUUGUAGACAACAGACUUUUCAGAUGAGCCGAGAAAAGAGGAGAACCAUUUUUCCUGCAUCUCUCUCCGUCUCAUAAGUAGCCAUGCAUGUUCUCUCUCCUACCACAGGUUUACAUGAGAUGCUAGCCCUCCUCACCUCACAACUGCAUCCAGAAGCCAAUCAUAAAGAGGACUUGGUCUUCCUCAGAGAGGUCUUCAGUGAGAGGGGCCUCAGCUAUCUUAUGAAAAUUCAUGAACGACUGAGGCAAUUUCAGGUCCAGAGCCCGAUCCCAGUGCUCCACAGCGCCUCCUGUCUGGCAGAGGACGUUGCAGAGGAGCUGCAGAAUGGACCACUGGAAGAGGAUGAGAGAGAGCUAUUGACACUUCUGACUGCUCCACAUGUGAAGGCAUUGCUAGCAGUACAUGACAUGGUGGCACAGAAGAACUUUGACCCUGUGCUUCCACCUUUGCCAGAUGAUCUGGAUGAUGAAUUAGAGGAGGAAUCUGUGAAGAUUGUGCGUUUGGUGAAGAACAAAGAGCCUCUGGGUGCGACCAUCCGCAGAGACGAGGUAACUGGGGCAGUGGUGGUUGCUAGGAUCAUGAGGGGCGGGGCUGCAGACCGCAGUGGUCUGGUGCAUGUUGGAGAUGAGCUGAGAGAGGUCAAUGGAAAUCUCAUCAUACACAAACGUCCUGAGGAGAUCAGUCAGAUUCUGUCUCAGUCUCAGGGCUCGAUCACUCUGAAGAUAAUUCCUGCCAUUAAGGAGGAGGACAGAUUCAAGGAGAGUAAGGUCUAUUUAAGAGCCUUGUUUGAUUACACACCAUUUGAGGACAAGGCCAUACCCUGUCAGGAGGCAGGACUUCCUUUUACAUGUGGAGACAUCCUGCAGGUGGUCAGCCAGGAUGACCCCACGUGGUGGCAGGCCAAACGAAUAGGAGACAGCAACCUGCGUGCCGGCCUCAUUCCCUCAAGACAGUUCCAGGAGAGACGACUAUUGUUUAGGAUAAAAAUGGGAACAUACCAGAGCCCUACAUCACCUAGAGCAGCACCAUGUGACCAGAAUUGUGAAAAAGAGGACUGUGACAGUGAGGGCAGUGGCAGUGGACAGCACAUAGUUGUAGUUUCUCCAAAGUGUAAGGCGGUGGCACCGUCCUGUGGCCAGGCCUUUUCCUGGGAUUUUUACUCAGCUGGUCUUAGGAGGAGCUUCCGGCUGAGCCGCAAAGAUCAUCAGGGUUCAACCACAGAGUCUCACCCCGCGGAGUCUGCCGAUACGGAGUUCCUCAUAUAUGAAGAGGUGACUCUACAUCAGAUGAGACCCCAAGAUAAACCAAGACUUGUGCUGCUGAUAGGCUCUCUUGGUGCUCGGAUCAAUGAGCUGAAGCAGAAGGUGAUUGCUGAGGAUCCUCAACGGUAUGGCGUCGCUGUGCCACACACAACAAGACCCAAGAAGAGCCAUGAGAAGGAGGGCGUAGAGUACCACUUCAUCUCCAAGCAGGCCUUUGAGUCUGACAUCCAAUCUAACAAGUUUAUUGAAUAUGGUGAAUACAAGAGUAACCAAUAUGGGACGAGUCUGGAAUCAAUUCGUAGCGUCCUGGCGAGAAAUAAAGUGUGUCUGGUAGAUGUUCAGCCUGAGGCCCUUAAAGUCCUUCGCACAGUAGAGUUUAAGCCCUAUGUGAUCUUCGUAAAGCCACGCAUCCCUGAGAGCCGUCGGCUGCGUAGUACUAACCCAUCACCAGUAAGGGGUGAUAAUGGACAGAACACGGAUGAAUACCUGCAGGAUAUGAGGCAGUCAGCCGAGCAGAUGGACCAACAAUAUGGCCACCUAGUGGACCGGGUCCUAAUAAAAGAGGACUCUGCCAGUGCCUGUGCGGAGCUGAGAAAUAUUCUGGAACGACUCGAGAGGGAGCCACAGUGGGUGCCAGUCAGUUGGGUCCGGUCCUGAUCCUUCAUUAUAUUCAAACACUUGCAUAUGGUGUAAUGAAAAAAGACCUCUCUGACUCUAUCUGAGUCUGCUGUUUCCAUUUCAUCCCAUUUGACUGAAGUAAUACAAAUACAUUUUUGAAAGUCCUGGAGGCCUGUUGUUCUGCUGUAGUAGUGAAGACUUCUAUUUAUAAGAUUUUGCAUGGAAGUAGCAUUGACAUAAAUGUAUCACUAAAAUUGAGGACAGUACCACUUGAGGACAAAAUUGCCCUUAGGUUUACUCACUGUGUCAAAGCUAAUUUUACGUCAGGCAAAUGUAUAGUGUGAAGCAGGGUUGUGGACUCGAGUUGCAAGACUUGGAAUUGACUUAGACUCUAGUCUCAAAUUUGAUGACUUGCGACUUGUCUCGACAAUCAAAGAAGACUUGCGACUCGACUUAGACAACAAUGACUUGCGACUUGACUAGGACUCGAGCCCUCUGACUUGGAAAGACUUUAUAUCUUCUAAAACAAAAGAUCAUAGUACAUUUUAAAAUGUGCAGUAAAUCAGUGAUUCAUUUUACCCUAUAAACAAUUCAUUUGAUUUUCAAAUCUGCAUUUUAACACUCCACAUUCAACCAAUCAGACAACCAACCGAUCGACUUCCACAGAGUAGGACCAAAAUUAAAGUUGGCAUACGUUCAAAGACGACAGCCAAAAUUAUAUCAAAAGUAAUAUAAUUUGGAUAUAAAGAAUACAAUAUUGAAGGCAACAAAAGGAUUGCAACAUGUAGAACCUGUGGUUGAACAGUUACAGACGCUUUAUCAACAGCGUACAAUUUUGUGAGGCAUCUGAACGACCCGAGGUAUGUUGGGAUUAUUAACUGUUACAUGUCAGCUAUGGUUCAGUAGCAUUUAACUUAUCUGCUGCAUCCAAAACAGCGUACUGUAUUUGGUGAAGGACGCACUUAUCUGUCGGCAAAACAGUAAGUUUGUAUGAAUAUUUUGGACAAAUUUUGUUAUGCCACAAAUGCUGUCGAUUGAGCUUAACUUGUAUUGAAACCAGAACAUUCCUUUAAAACACAUUUAUAACUUUCAAGCACAUCCAUGGGCUGAAGAUAUUGAUAUUGAACUGAGAUAGAUCAGUGUCCUUAGAGAGAAUAGUAUAUACCUCAUCUCACAUGAAAAUGAACUGGGAAGUGAUGAACAUACUUUAAAAGCCUUCCUGAUAUAAAUUAGUAUAAAUUUACUAUAGUAAUGAAUACUCAGACACUAAUUUGUGCAAAAAAAGACUUGUUUAAGAUUUGAAGCUUGAAGUUGAGGACUUUGACUUGGGGCUUGACGUAGGACUUGAUACUUGAAUGCAAAGACUUGAGACAUACUUGUGGCAUGUAAAACAAUGACUUAGUCCCAUCUCUGGUGCAGUUUCUUUGUUUGUCAUCUUCGUCUUAUGCUGGCUGUGUAUAUUUAGUCGAAUGUAAAGGAGAAUGUUGUAAGAUAGCAUAUUAUAUAUUUGCAAAUAAUUUCAGUGUUUAUAUCUGUGUAAACAAAAGGCAAUAUUUCAUCUUUGGCCAAAACCUGUCUGUAAUUUGGAUGCAAUUGUCAAUGUUUUUUGUACACUAUAUCAAACUGAUGACUGAUGCAUUUCUGAAUGAUGUCUACUGUAUGUAGUUUAUUAGGCAAAUUAUACAUUGAAUUCAAAGAGCAUUAAGGCAUGUUAACAUCUUUAGGGCCAUAUAUUACUGUCCAUAAUGUUAUGAAUAUGUUUCCUUUUAGAAUAUAUGGAGUAUUUUUGAAUGUGAAUUGUUAUAAUAAAAAUACA